AUGCCAGUCGCCCUCGGCAAGAAACGAAAAUCGGACAGCGGUCUUCCCUCGACAUCGAAGAACCCGCCGAAGAAACCGCGCCAGACGCUCGACAGUUUCUUCGCGCCCAGAGUCCUCGCCCCCGCAUCCGCGCACGCCGACGACAGGCGCCCCGUCGCCCUCAACUCCGAGCAGGCGGCGAUCCUGAGACAGGUCGUGGACGAGGGGCGGAGUGUGUUCUUCACGGGGAGCGCAGGUCCGUGCCCCUGUCAUCGGGUCUGGCUGCGUCUCAGUAACGUAUUUCCAGGCACGGAAAAUCGCUCCUGCUGCGCGCUAUCAUCGCUGCUCUCAAAAGAAGCAUGGGAAGGCCGCGGAUGCCGUUUCGGUCACGGCAAGCACAGGGAUGGCAGCGUCGAACAUCGGAGGGAUGACUAUCCACGCAUGGGGUGCCGUAUCACCCACCCGUCCGAAUUUGAGUUCCAGAUCCGAUGUAUCAAGAAAUGCCGGCCGGCACUGAAGCGGUGGCAGAAGACCAAGGUGCUCAUCAUUGACGAGGGUCUUAUCUAUGGUGGACGGCCGCUGUUCACGCGGAUCUGCAAGAUUGCGGAACACUUGAGGAAGAACGAGAGCCCGUUCGGAGGGAUCCAGCUGGUCAUCACUGGGACUUUCUUCCAGCUUCCGCCCGUGUCAAAGAAUGGUGCACCCGUCUUCGCGUUCGAAGUCGAGGAGUGGGGCCGCUGCAUCGACCGCACACUGACUUUGAGCAAGUUUUCCGGCAGAGGGACGAUGUCUCACGUCAUUUGCCCCAGAUUCGUGAACCUACUUAAUCAGCUCCGGCUCGGGAACAUCACCUCAGCCGCGGCGGCGACGUUCAAGACGCUCGAGCGCCCGCUUCCUCCGGACCCUGCAGGCAUCCUUCCGACAGAGCUCUUCCCCCUCCGCAGCGAAGUCGACAAAGCGAACUCGGCGCGUCUCGCCGCCCUCACGACCGAGAAAAUGGCAUUCACAUCGCGCGACACGGGCACGGCACCGGCCGACAAGCGGGCGAAGCUCCUCGAGAGCAUGAUGGCGCCGGCGAGC